UUGGAAUCCGAUGCAUUGAAACCAAAAUGCCUCCCAGAAUACAUCUCGUCCGGCACGCACAGGGUUACCAUAACCUCGGCAGCGAGUACUGGAAUAUUCCCGACCCGCUGUUGACGGAGCAUGGGAAGCAGCAGUGCUUAGAGCUUCGGCAGAGAUUUGCUGGGAAGUUGUCCGUGGAGUUGGUGGUUACUUCGCCACUGCGUCGGGCGAUUUAUACCGGGCUGGAGGCGUUCUAUUCUGACUUGGACGAGUCGAGGGCGAAGAUACUUGCCUUGCCGGAUCUGCAGGAACUCAGUAGCUUUCCUUGUGAUAUUGGGAGCAGUGUGGAUGAUCUACGAGUCGAGAUGGAGGGAAAGGGAUUGCCGGUGGAUCUGAGCUUGGUGGGUGAGACAUGGAGGGAAAAGAUGGGACGGUUUGCACCCACGCGAGAAAAGAUUUCCGCGCGCUGUGACGAUCUGCGACAGUGGCUGCAUGCACGGCCGGAGAAAGAAAUCGUGGUGGUCUCACACGGCGGGUUGUUGCAUUUCUUGACCGAGGACUGGGAGGAUGGAUGCACGUUUGAGGGAACCGGCUGGCAUAAUGCUGAACUCCGUACAUACCAGUUCACCGCGGAAAUACAACUGCAGGAGACCCUGGAAUCCCGCCGGCGGCGCGGAAAACUGGGCAGAGCUCCCCCCGCGCAGCAGGCAUUGCGGGAUCGGGUGUUGCAGGGAUGGGCUCAGCAGGGAUAUCCGAUUCUUUCCGAGAACCCCAAACUGUAACUAAUCGCUACCCCACUUAAUUUUC